GUUUUUCACCCUUAGGAACUAAAUAUUUAUUGAAAGUUUCAUAUUGAGAUAUACGAAGAGAUAUUGUAAACAAAGAAUACCGGAAGUGCUCUUCAUGACCUAGAUAUUCGGACUUUUCGGAUUACACCGGUAAUAGUUUUACCAACUGAGGGAGACCAGCCAUGGCGUGUGUACUGAAGGCAAUACGAGGCCGAAGAUGACAGACACCAAGGACUGACGAAUCGUCAUGAGAUGACACUCUGGCGGUCGCAGAGGAGUACCCUUAGGAUGGGCUAUUUAACACGGAUAAGACUGAAGGUCCUUCACAAUGUUAAAACUCGGAACGUCGAGCACGGGGACGACGGGACAGGACGUCAAAACCCCGGGUCAGCAGAAUGGGAAGAGCGGCUUUAAGCGCGAGGGUAGUAGGAGCAGUAUCCGCUCAACCAGGUCGGCUAAGUCGAGCACGAGUAACGCGUCGCACAUAAUGCGGAAGCUCGAGGAACACCAGCUGAGAACAAGCACGGACGAAUGGCAAAAAGAGCAGGAGUACUCGGUCCGCCGGAAAAGGCGGAAGGCCAUCCAGAAGAAGAUGAUGGCAAAGCAAAAGCUGCAGCUCGUCCGUAAGUUCAACGUCGUGACCUUGCUUGUGGUCCUUUUAGGUGUCGCUAUCACCUUCGGCGCCUGUGUCAAGGGUUUAGGCGGAGGGACUGUACUGUACACAUACAGACAAUACUUUUAUAUAAUAGGUCCAGUUCUCACUGUGAUUGGUAUUGUGUUUAUGCUGGUCAUUAUGGCCACUGAGUCAAACAUUUUGAAAAAGAUGAAGGACGAAGGCGAGUUCGAAAUUGACAUGAACCGGUCUCUGGUUCACCCAGAUUUCCGCGCGGAGCGCAGGAAGAGUGUUCGCCAGCUUCGUAUGUUGAAUCAAAACUCGACCAGCAGCAGCACGGGGAGGUGGUACGACACGCAGACUUCCAUCGAGGAGGAGGACGACUUCCUGUGCGACAGCGUCGCCUCCGCCUCAAGUUUCUUCACGCCCACGCUACAGGGGAAAACCACGGACUUCUCGAACCGCUGGGCUAAAUGUAUGACAGUAACGUUUAACAUUGACAACGAAACAAAUGUUUUGAAUAGCAGUGGUGAUACAAAUGCUGCGAGUGCGCCCGGUGCUGCAGUGGCAAAUGAACGACGUGAAAGUGUGUUCACGCGAGAGCUACAUCAUGCACCGAAUGUUAACGUCACAGAGUUUGACGUUAGUAAAGCAGACGUCCUCCAGCAAGUGGAUACCCACGAUCUGAUAGUUUCCAUGAUCCCUAGUGAUGCACGUGUAAACGACAUUACAACACCGGAGAUCAAACCUGACUAA